UGUUCUAUUGUGGUUUUUAGGAAUUAUAAAUUUGUUUUUUACCAUUUUCCCCAUUUUUUCCCCCAGAAGCAGGACCGGAUCGAGGCGCUGAAGCGGCAGGUGGAGCGGCACCGCUUCCACGUGCGCAUGCUGGAGACGCUGCUGCGCAUGCUGGACAACGACUCCAUCCCCGUGGACCCCGUGCGCAAGCUCAAGGACGACGUGGAGUACUACGUGGAUUCGUGCCAGGAGCCCGACUUCGAGGAGAACGAGUUCCUCUACGACGACCUGGACCUGGAUGACAUCCCGCAGGCUCUGGUGGCCACGUCCCCCCCCAGCCAUUCCCAGAUGGAGGACGAGAUCUUCAACCAGAGCAGCAGCACCCCGACCUCCACCACCUCCAGCUCCCCCAUUCCUCCCAGUCCUGCUGCCAAUGCU